AUGGUCCACGCUGCUUUCAGGAUUUACACCGGUGCCAAGAACAGCGCCAUGCUUGUUCACAUAUGCACCAAACAGGUUACCAAAUUCCAGGCGCAAGCAACGAAACUGCCUCGUCAUAGUAGCAUCGAGGGGGCGGAAUUGACUGCAAAUCCCCCUGUUCGGCUCGUUGCGAGCGGCGGGUAUGCGGUAGGACGGACCUCCGAGUCACCUUCCACAUUCUACUUGAAUUCAACUGGAGGCAGCUCACACGGGGCUGCUGGGGGUAGCAAUGCCGCAUCGCAUUCGACCGGUCAGGAGAUCAAGUUUGCAGCCAGGAGGCUCGUCAACUUUGAGGUGGCCACCAUAUACGCCACCUUCCUGGCGUCACUCAUCGGUAUCUUCAUCAUUACACAUCUCGCCGGCCGUGUCAUCAUGAGGAUCCAACAAUCAAAGUCGAUGCCUUCGUUUCCCCGACUCAUCUCUCGGCCCUUUACCCUCCUUUCCAGGACGUUUAGGAACAUUGCUCUGCGGAAAAUACCACUCUUCUACUCGGGUGGCCAUGGGCUGUUGGUCACCAUAUACGUGGUUAUGAAUGUGGUCAUGUGCGUCAUCAAGGUCGACUUUAGCAGCUAUGGCAACGUCGCCGCCAGGCUAGGCUGCUACGAGCUCUUCUACGCAACGCACAUAAUCUCAUUCAUAAUCGCCAUCGUCGCCUUUGCGCUGCACCGGCCCCAGUUCAAGGACGUGAUACUGUACAUCAUCAUCGCCAUUGCCGGCGCAUGGGCCAUCGACCGCCUGAUCCGGCUCGGACGCAUGCUCACCAACAGCGUCAACCAGUCGGCGACUGUCCACCCCCUCCCCGACGGCGGCACCCGAAUCGUGCUGUCCAAGCGGCCCCUGGGCAGCCAGGCUGGCAAGCACUGCUUCCUGUGGAUCCCCGGCAUCCGGGCCCUCGAGGCUCACCCCUUCACCAUGAUCAGCUCGGACCCGGUCGAGUUCGUCGCAAAGUCGUACGACGGCUUCACGCGCGACCUGCACAAGUACGCCGUCGCGAAUCCGGGCGGCAGACUGUGGGCCUCGGUCGACGGGCCGUAUGGGACAUUCUCAGACCCGAUGCAGUUUGACAAGAUCGUGCUCAUCGCGGGUGGGAGCGGCGCCUCGUUCGUGUUUGGCCUCGCUACGAACUUGCUUGAGCGCAUGGGGCCAGAGUCGACUAGGAGUAUUGAGCUUAUCUGGGCUGUUAGGACGCAUGAGAACCUUCUAUGGUAUGCAGAGCACCUGAGGACGCUUUACGAUCAUGUCAACUCGCCAAAAACCACCGACGACGCCAACAAUGAAAAGAAGGAUAAGAUUCAAGAAUUCCAAUCCGCAGCGCAAGGCGACACGGAGACGUCGGAUGAGGACAUGAACAGCAGCCACAACAACACCAUCGUCCUCCAACAACAACAACAACAGCAAAACCCUGCCACCAACGCAGCACAACAACAGCAGAGGCGGCAGCACGGCAGCUACGACGCCGAAGCACGCUCAUACACCUCGUCGGCGUCGUCGACAGCACCACUCCGCCACACCGUCACACCUGGCCGCCCACCCGCAGAAGUCCUGAUCCGCAGCGCCGUCGAGGCCACGCCUGCGGACCAGCGCGUGCUGGUCGUCGCCUGCGGGCCGGACUCGCUCAUGCGUGCCGCCAGGGACACGGCUGCCAGCUGCAUCAGGCCCGAUGGGCCUGGGGUGGAGCUGCACUGCGAGCAGUUUGGGUGGUGA